CGCAAGCUGCACUACCAGACCUCAACUCCUGAGGAGACCCAGGCCUUGGGUCGCAUACUGGGAGAACAGACCAAGCCUGGCGAUGUAUACCUGCUCACCGGCCCUCUGGGCGCAGGCAAGACCUGCCUGACCCAGGGCAUUGCCUGGGGCUUGGGGGUGGUCGAAUACGCCCGCAGUCCCACCUUUGUUAUAAUGACGCGCUACCGCGGACGGCUGACCCUCUAUCAUUUUGACCUCUACCGGAUAAACGAUCCCUUGGAGGCCUGGGACCUGGGCCUGGACGAGCAGCUCUUUGGCGACGGGGCCUGCGUGGUUGAGUGGGCAGAUCAGGCUGAAGAAAUAUUCCCGCCCGACUGUCUGUGGAUAGACCUGGAUUACGCCACCGACGGAGCGGGCCGCACCAUCACAAUUGACGAGGCGCCCCCUCGCUACCAGGCAAUGCUGGAUGCAUUGGCGAGCUAUUCGCAGAAGCAAAUGGGGUAG